AUGGCCCUCGAGGGUCUCACGCGCGCUCAGCUCAUCAAUCGCAUCAACAGCGAGACUGGCGACAACAGGCGAUUCAUUGGCUACACCAACGAAAUGCUCAUCGAUUGCGUUCGUGGAUUCAAUGCUCCUCCUCCUUCCGCUUCUCCCCAUCCUCCCCCUCCUCCUCCUCCUCCUCCUCCUCUAGCUCCUUGCAUUUCUCCCUCUCUCCCUCUCCCGGCCAGGCGCAGGAAGAAGCUCGAAGCGGCAGGCGCGCAAUCUACUGGCUGCAGCAGCCCUAAUCCCGCCCGCAGUGCGAGCGCGGCGCCGACGAUGCGCUGUGCGAAUCCUUCGUGCCGCGCGGUCCUCCACCAAGCCGGCGGCUUCUGCAAGAGGUGCUCGUGCUGGAUUUGCAGGAAAUACGACGACAACAAAGAUCCCAGCUUGUGGUUCGUGUGUGGCGACGGCGAUGGCGUUGUCGUCGCGUCCUGCGCCUUGAGCUGCCACAUUCAGUGCGUCCUCAAAUCCAGCAGCGAUGCCGUCGUCGACGCGAGCUACCGGUGCUUGAGUUGUGGAGCAAUCACUGGCCUGCUCGGGACCUUGCAGAAGCAGUUCUUACGGGCAAAGGAAGCUCGUCGCGUGGAUGUUCUCUACGAGCGUCUGACGAUCGCUACCAAGCUUGUGAGUGGAAGUGAGAAGUAUAGACAAUGUGGUGAGAAUGCCCAGAGUGCUCUCGACAAACUCUUGCUAGAUAUCGGCCCUUUCUCGGCUAGAGGACUUGUGAGCCGCCUCUCGUCAGCUACUGUGAUUUUGGAUUCCAUAAGGCAAGCUCUUGAGUCCUUGGACGUUUUCGACGUGAAGCCUCGGCUUCCAGAGCCUCCGGUGUUUCAGUUCGAAUUUAUGGAGGUCUCUAUGAAUUCUGUGCUGCUCGCGGUGAUCCAGAAAACGCCUGGAAGUUCCGGGGAGAGUAUACUGGGCUUCAAGCUCUGGCAUAGAAAGAAUCGGGGUACAUACCGCUCUGUGCCAACGACAACCAUUUCGGUCUUGCAGAAGGCCCUGGUAACCGACUUAAAGCCGGGUACAGGCUACAUGUUCAAGGCCGUAGCUUUUUCGGCCAAGGGUGACGAAGGGUUUUGCGAGUCCAGGUGCUACACGAAACAAAAGGAGGAAGCUUGUGCCGAUCCUUUAAUAAACUGUGGCAUGAGCUCGGGCCAGAUAGCUAAAGAGGGAGCAGUGCUGCUCAACCCGAAGGCUGAAGUGGUGGACGACCAAGCCCAUGUCCAAGAAAUUUGUUCGAUCAAGUGCAUGGAAAGCUGCAAGCCUGAGACUCUUCUUCCAGAAACGCAGACGGCAUUGGAAACUGGGAUCAGUGCCUGCUCCGAGGAGAAGGCUAGUGCUACAUCAUCAGCUUCAGGUGUGGUGGACGCCAAUUGUCCUUCGACAGCUGCAGAACCAGCGAGCUUGCCAUCGAUGAAUGUCAAGCAUACUGCACAGCAGGAGAACUUAAUAGAUUGUGCGCAACGGAAGGAUGAUGUGCCUUUUCAAACAGUGACUACGACGGCGCCGGAAGAUAGUGUAUCUCGAGAAGUUCCUUCAACUACAGGCUUGGAAGCUGCGCCAGGGGUUCAACCAGUCAGGUUGCAAUUUCACAACUUGAUGAAGAUUUCCGAAGCAGUAAGGAUGGCAACUCCAAAGAAUCCAACAACAGCGAGGAACUCAAGCGCCAUUUCUGAUGUACCGAACACAACAGCGAAGAACUUAAGUACUAACUUGGCGACACCAUCAUCAGAUUCAGGUGUGGUGGACGCCGAGCUGAAUUGUCCAUCGACGGUUGCAGAACCUGCGAGUUUGCCAUCGAUGGAUGUCAAGCAUACUGCACAGCAUGAGAACUUAAUAGAUAGUGUGCAACGGAAGGAUGACGUGCCUCUUCAAACCGUGACGACGGCGCUGCAAGAUAGUGUAGUUCCUUCAACUACAGGCUUGGAAGCUGCUUCAGGGGUUCAACCAGUCAGCUUGCAAUUUAACAACUUGAUGAGGAUUUCCGAAGCAGUAAGGAUGGGAACUCCGAAGAAUUCAAGCCUGGCCUCGGAGACAACGGCGAAGAACUCAAGCGCCAUUACAAACUCCACAGCGAAGAACUUAAGUACUGACUUGGACUUGGAGACAAGGGGGAGAGACUCAGAGACAGAGACGACGAAUUUGACAGGCUUGACUACAGCUGCAAAGAACUCGAGCGCUAGUUCGCAGACGUGCAAGUCAAAGUCGGCUGUUGAGCAUCCUUUCGUAACUGGACCAAGGAAUGCGGACGACGAUUCAGCGUCCAAGAAACGAAAAGCUGACGAGCCUGCGGCGACGAAAAUAGUUCACGCCGGGGACAGGGACAACACGAGCUAUAAGAGUGCGUGGAGGUGGACGGACAAGAUAUUCGAGCACUGUGUGAAGAUGGUGCGGUGGCUCGAGUGCCAGGGCCACAUAAAACCCGAGUUCCGGAUGCGUUUCUUCACUUGGCUGGGGCUGAAGGCCAGUGAUCAGCAAAGGCGUGUCGUGAGCAUCUACAUUCAGUCCAUGAUUGACGAUCCGGUUGGUCUUGCCGCACAGCUUAUGGAUGCUUUCGAGGAGGCGAUUGCUAUUUCCAGGCACAGCUCUAACCACGAUCGGCAAUGAAAGUUCUAAACGAAGUCUCUU